AUGCGUACCGGCUACGCUCUGAGGCUCCUGCUCCUCGCGCUCGCGCUUGCCCAGGACCGCGCCGGCGUCGACGCGCAGACGCAGUACGUGCUGAAGGACAAGUUCGUCGGCCGCGAUUUCCUGGACGCGUGGACGUGGGAGACGAUGGACGACCCGACGCACGGGCGCGUCAACUACGUCGACCAGCGCACAGCGCUGCAGAAGAACCUCUCCUACGCGACCGACGCCAAGUUCGUCAUGCGCGCGGACAGCUGGACGCGCGUCGGCGGGGGCCCGCGCGGGCGCGACAGCGUGCGCAUCACGUCGCGCGGCGCGUACGGAGACUCGCUGGUCGUGCUCGACGUCGCGCACAUGCCGGCGGGCUGCGCGACGUGGCCCGCGUUCUGGACGCUCAGCCAGCGCGGGCCGUGGCCGCACGGCGGCGAGAUUGACAUCAUCGAAGGCGUGAACGAGGCGACUGCGAACUUGGUUUCGCUGCACACGGCGCCGGACUGCACGAUGCCGCAGCAGCGCGCUCAAACGGGCACGGUGAUCUCCACCGACUGCUCCGGGCUGGCCAACUCGAACCAGGGCUGCGGGACGCAGAUGACGCAGGCAGAAUCGUACGGCGCGCCGUUCAAUGCGGCGGGCGGGGGGUGGUACGCGAUGCAGCGCGCGCGGGGGAGGGGGGUGCGCGUGUGGUUUUGGGGGAGGAACGAUCAGGGGGUGCCGGUGGAGGUGAGGGCGGGGGCGGGCCUCGUGGAGUCCGUGGAGGGAUGGGGGAUGCCGGGGGCGGACGGGGCGGAGGGUACGUGCGGGUUCGACGAGCACUUCGACGACCAUGUGGCGGUGUUCGACUUGACGUUCUGCGGUGACUGGGCAGGCUCCGCGUGGUCUUCGUCGGGGUGCGGACAGGGCACGUGCGAAGACUUCGUCAACAACAAUCCGGCUGCGUUCGCAGAGUCCUACUGGGAGAUCAACUCCUUGCGCGUGUAUACCCCCGGCCAGUGAUCAUCGCACACAUGCCCGGCGGUCGGGCUUUCGUGCGCUACGAUCGACGAGUCUGGGAUCUCGUACUGGGACUGUUGGUAUUGGACGCGAAAUUCUUGUCGACUGGUCUCGAUUAGAACUGAAUUUAUGCGUGGCGUUUGGUUUGGCUGACCGG